GUAGUGCAGGUUCGCAAGGCCAGCUGCAUCAGAAAUCCAUCUGCUCAUCCUGUUUGCAGUAUUACAAAUUCCAAAACACGACUAACAAUGCCUCUCCUGGCGAUGCGCAUUACAAAUGUUCCCGUCAUUGCAAAUCUGCAUGACAACUCUGGUGUGGGGACGUUUUUACUCAGGAUAUGA